GCCUCCACCAGGCCAGGGCCCAGCACUCAGUCCCUGUACAGCCUCCAGGCCAGAAUAGGAGAGCAGCCCCAGCUCCGGCAGAACAAACACAGGUUCAACGCCUUCCUCCUCGGCCUCCUCAACAUCAAGCUUAUGGAUUUCUGGCUGUCCCAUCUCCAGUCAUGCAGUGAUGUGUUGGUGACAUUCUACCGGCCCUCCUCCUUCAUGCGUUUGUCGUUGACUUCCUGCCAGCCUCUGUUUGAGGAGCUCCUCAUCCUGCUGCAGCCCCUUAGUCUCCUGACCCUUAACCUCGACCUGCUCUUCCAGCACCACCACCUGGAUCCAGCCAAUCACAGCCCAGAGAUCCCCAGCCCACCCAAUCAGGACCUGGGAUUCAGGUUCUCGCCCCGGGGGUCCGCUUCCCAAGGCAGGGGCAGCAGCUAUCUCGAGAGCCUAUCAGAGCUGGACUUUGGGAGAYCAGAACCCGAGGRGACCAAUCAUAAUGCGAGCUCGUCGUCCCUGGCCAACUCAGGGGUGGGAGGGUUGGUGGAGUCACUGAAGCCAGCGAGUCUCAGUGUGAGGCCUGCGAAGGUCUCUGGGGGUCUUGCGGAGACAAGUCCUCAGCUGAUGUGGGUUCAGGAGAAAGAAAUUAGGGAGRUAGCACCUCCUAAUGUUGAGMYGGCCAGUCUCUCUCAACAGGCAGGACAGGUGAUCCAGCAGGGAUGGGGGGCUGUGUUACGCUGGGGGGGCAAGCUGGGCCAGAACCUGGCUGAACUCAGCCUGUCUGCAGUACAGAACCAGGAGGGGACAUCCAGAGACCCCCCAGAGCCCCAGACCAGUACCCAGGCCAGGAGUGACCCUCCUCAGGUCGAUGGAGCAUUGGRGGUCCCCUGGGGUUUGGGACGGCUGUUUGGAGCCUCCAAUAACCCCACGAUACCCACACUUCCAACCAGACGUCCGUCUCAGUGGUUGUCUCCAGGGGUGUCUGUUCUGACCCGGAUGGUGAGCAGCAGUUCCAGCGCUAACCAGAGGAGGGCGCUGGAGCCCCAGCAGGUGGAAGAGGUGGUAGAGAGAGAGAUGGAGGAGACAUGGGACAACCCAAGACCCCUCAGGUCAGUCAGAAACACUAUGCGACCACUCUGGCACAGGGGCGGAGCUAAGCUUCCAGAAAGGGGAGGAUUAGUGGUUUUAGGCGGUGUCGAUCACGACUGGAUUCGCUGUCGUCAGGGAGACCGAGAGGGGCUCGUACCCAUUGGCUACGCCUCACUGAUUCCUGUGAUUUUCAGACACCUGAUCAGAGUUUGAUUGUUUGAAUAUAUCUGGGGGGGAAAAUGAAGUCAUAAAGCUAUAAUUAUUUAGGCAACCAUAGAGAGGCUGUGGCGAAGUCCCAAUGCUCUCAGAGAAAAUAGUUCACCCCCGAAUCUAAGUUCAAAUCACAUUUUUAUAUCUCUAAAGUGGUCCAAAGUCGUAUGUCACGGUUCCCCAACUGGCGGCCCAUGAUUUUAUUUGCCCUCAAGUUUUCUUGAGCAAAGGCGUGGGGUUACUUGUUGGACAUAAAAUACUAAAAUCAGUAAAUGUUGGAAAUCUGUUCCAAA